UUCUCUAGGGUUUUUGAGUCUCCGAGCCGCCUAUCUUCAGAGCAAGUCCUGACUCGGAGCUGCCGCCAUGGCUGUUGGGAAGAACAAGAGGAUUUCGAAGGGAAAGAAGGGAGGCAAGAAGAAGACAGUUGAUCCGUUUGCCAAGAAAGAUUGGUAUGAUAUCAAGGCCCCAUCGGUUUUCACCACCAGAAAUGUGGGCAAGACCCUCGUUACCCGUACUCAGGGUACCAAGAUUGCCUCUGAAGGACUCAAACAUCGUGUGUUUGAGAUUUCACUGGCUGAUCUUCAAGGCGGUGAUGAGGAUCAUGCAUACAGAAAGAUCCGUUUGAGAGCUGAAGAUGUUCAAGGAAAGAAUGUCUUGACAAACUUCUGGGGAAUGGAUUUCACUACUGACAAAUUGAGGUCUUUGGUGAGGAAAUGGCAAACUCUUAUUGAAGCUCAUGUGGAUGUUAAGACAACUGACAACUACACUUUGAGAUUGUUCUGCAUUGGAUUCACUAAGAGACGCCCUAACCAGGUCAAGAGAACAUGUUAUGCACAAUCCAGCCAGAUAAGACAGAUACGCCGAAAGAUGAUCGAGAUCAUGACUGCCCAGGCAACAUCUUGUGAUCUCAAGGAUUUAGUCCAAAAAUUCAUUCCUGAGAUGAUUGGCAAGGAAAUUGAAAAGGCAACUUCCAGCAUCUAUCCUUUGCAAAAUGUUUUCAUUCGCAAGGUCAAAAUUUUGAAGGCUCCUAAGUUUGAUCUUGGAAAAUUGAUGGAGGUUCAUGGUGAUUAUUCUGAAGAUGUUGGUGUGAAAUUGGAGAGGCCUGCUGAUGAGACAAUGGCUGAGGCUGCCACCGAGGUUGUUGGAGCUUGAAUGAAGGGGUUCUUUAGUUGCCUUGUUUUUUUUUAUAUCGUUUUAAGAGGUUUUUUUUUUAUCGAUUUUGUUGGAACUUUGAGUAGAGAAUUUCCAAUUGGUUAAGGACAUGUUUGUAACUUAGCUGAGUACAAUUAAUCACUCCAUGUUUGUGGCAUAACUAUAAAGUAUUAUCAUUAAUUAUUUUGAUGUUGGGUGCAUUUUAUGUGUUUGUUUUAACUUGGUUAAAUGCUAAAUUUGGUCCCUUAACUUAAAGAAAUGCACAUUUUUGAU